ACUACACUUGCACUUCAUGCGCGUCACCGAGAGCUGAGAUUGUUUAAAACUUGUUGAGAAAUAGAAAUAAAAAAAUGACAGCCAACAAUUGAAGAACAAAAUUGGAUGAUGUGGACUAGCAAAGUACCGUAAUUCGCAAACGCUCUUUUUUUGGUCUUCCCGCCUGAAUCGCAAGCAAGAUGUGGUGUUUUCAAAAAAUUGGGUUUGAAGCAGCCAUCGUGGCUGAGCUGCAGCGGCAACAACAGUGCAGUCAGUUCUGUGAUGUUUUGCUGCAAGCAGAAGGUAUCGUGGUUCCAGCUCACAGUCUCGUCCUCUCCAGUCUGCUCACCUCUCUUUCCCACCAACUCCCACCUCCAACUGGACAGAGUUCUGUACUACAGCUCCGUACUCUCAACGCCUCCACCCUGCUGCAAAUAGUUCGACUUUUGUACACUGGUAAAAUGACAGGAGAAGGCGAGAAGGAGAAACAGGAGGCCAUAUCUGCAGCCGUGAAUAUGGGAAUAGACGGGCUGGUGGAGGUCCCAUGGGAAGGAGAUGAAAGGGGCUGUCAACGAACUGAUGUGGGAGUUCAGACAGAAAGUGGAGUUCCAGUGGAGGAGGAGGGCAUCAACAUGUGUAGAAAUGAGCAGGAUGGUUGUGACUCAAGUAUGGGCAAAGAGGCAUGGACUCAGACUGAAGAAGCACAAGGUCACGCUGACCUUCCCUUGCUUAGUAUGUCUUUAACACAGCGGGAUGACCUGUUGCUUCCAGCUCUUCUCCCCAACUUCCCUCUCCCCUAUACACAAGAUGGAGUACAAAACCACCUGACACCUACCGUGGCUUAUAAUUCAGCAAUGGACACAAUGGGAUGUACUCACUCCUCCUAUGAUUCGACCUUUCAUGCUCUUCUUUGCGAGGACACCCCGCCAUGUGCUGGCGCUCAAACAUGUAUCCCCUCCACGGCGACAUGUUCAGAAUGGGAGGCGGAGCAGCUUAAGCAUUUUCAGGACAACAUUCCAGGAUUCAUCAGCUCCUUCCUGAGCCCUAAGAUGGUUGAGAAGGAGAGAAGGGGAAGAAGAAGAAGACGAAGACCAGGCACAGGGAGAGGCAGUGGCUGGACGCCGAAAGCAGGGAGGACACAUGGAUAUCUGACUCAGAUAGUUGACGUGCAGAAUGUGGGGGUUAGUCGGAAACACUUGAAGUUUCAACAGCGGUGGGGGUUGAGCGUGUCAUCGAGAGGACUGGGAGGCGGAACUGCAGGCAGAAAGAUGCACCUGACGACCAGAGAGCAGCUGAAUCUGGCCAAGACCUGCCAGAGGAGGAGGGUUUUCCGAAAAGUCUGGGAGUUUGACUGCGAUGGACAGAUCCGACUGGUCAAUGAAAACAACAGGAGAGGCCAGAGAGCGCACACUCUGCAGCCGUUUCACAAGUCUCACGUCCCAUCAGAAGCAUCACUUUCCACCCAUGUGAUGCCAACUGACCGCUCCUCCCUACAUGCCGCUCCGCCCGCCCACACCCUGCCUGCAGAUGCCCUCCACCACACCACUGCAUUGCCCCUGCCUGAGGUGGAUCCUGACACUCUUCUGGACAGAGUCAUGCUGAGUCUGGAUAUUACCCCGAACAUCAGCAGACCAAAUCCUCAGGAUUCAGCGCUCAGAUUGAGCGCCACAGAGAGCAAUCCUUCUGGUGAAUACCUUAACGCCUCGUCGGCCAUUGCUGCUGCAGUAUCAGAAGCUGGAAGAUCUGAGCGGGACAACGGCCAUACGCUUUACCUGCAGCAGGGACGCGAGCUCGCUGAUAUUUUGGAAAACAUCCUUCAAACAUAUGAGCAACACUGUCAAAGUUCAACUCCUGGGGAGGAUCCGCCCCGGAGCACUGCACAGACCACAAAUGACACGACUGAGCACAAAGAGCUACUCUCCCACGAUGGAACCAGUGCUGUGACCAGGCUCAGGUCCAGAGAUGAGUCCUUGAGAGACAGAGAGGCGACAAGGGCAGAGAAAAGUUCAGAGGCAGCGGUCAGUGCCAGCAACAUGACUGUUCUCCAGAAGCUCUCAAGAGAAGAAACGGGCAAGUACUUUAAGGGCAAGUACUUUAAUAUCCAACAAGAUCAGAAGCUGAUGAAGAUUCCGGUGGUGAGGAUUAUGAAAAGCGAUUCUUUGAUCGCUGAUCGCAAGUGCCUUCAGAAUCGGGAAUUCACGGAGGAGAACCUCCUGACCAGGAAGACACGACGGAGAACAUCUCAUCAUAGACGCAGGCAGCCCCGGAAGCGUCCUCAACCAGAAGCACAAGCACAAACCAAUCCAAAGAGGCGUCCCCUAUGGCCGGGACGUGGCAGAAGACGGAAGGAAACGAGGCCCUCAGAAGUGGACACAGUGAGUGUUGAGGAAAGCCAGCAAUGGCUGACCUCGUACGUGGUCAAGACAGAAGCGAUGCCCGGCAGGAAGAUCUAUCCCGUCAGGUGUGAACUGAAGGAAGCACAAAUGAGAGCGAGGUUGAGCUUCCUGAAGGCAGCGAAACAGCUCCAAAAUAAGCCAGUGGAGGAGAAGCCUUGCGAUCUUCUUUGCUCGCCAGCGGGGAUUUUACAGAGGAAGAUGAGAGCAAAGAGACGAGCGGAAGCAAAGCUGAGCGAUGGUUUCGCAGUCAAGAAGAUUUGCUGGGAGUCCUUCACCUGUGAGCCUGCGGAGGAGACGGCUCCACCCACCGGGGCAGAAGCAGCAGCUAGUGAUUGUAAAGACAGAGUUCCCUUUGUGGAGCUGAAGCCUGUUGAUCUGCUGGCCAACAGUGAUUUGCUGUCUGAAGCAGCCGAGGGAGACAUCGAUGUGGUAGGCGGGGCCUGUCCAAGCCCUGAAAUAGUGGUCAUUGACUGGGAUGAGUCGUCAGGGAGUGAGGGAGAACAUGAGACUAUUGAUGUGAUUGGUCUGUGAACAGAUUGUUGAAAAUCAUUGAAACGUUUUAAAGUCCUCAACGAUGGAUCGACCCUUUUUUAUUCUCAGUUUUAGACUUCAUUUCUCAAAAAGCAUCAGUUGCUGAGGCGUUGUGAAAAUGGUUGUGUCAGCAUGUUUGUAUUUUCCCUGGAUUUCUUUUCCCUACUCAGAUGAUGUGACUAACAGGUCCGUGUCCAACAGUCCAGCAGUGGUUUAGGAUUGCAAAGCUUUUAGGGUUCUCGUGUUUCCAGCCAUUACAAAGCUUGAGGAAGGUUCAAAGUGGUUCGGAUAUUAGUUGUUGUUAUCGCUGCUUUUUACUGAAUAGCAUUUGUUGUUUUAAAUGAUUGUAAGUUUCCUCAUUUUUUCGACUGUGAUGAAGCUCAUUUGAAUUAAUGACCUCUUCAUAAAGUCCAUCCAAUAUAUAGUUCAUCUUCGAUGGUUCUUGUCUUGGCAAGCGACAGCUGUGAGAUCAUCCAAUUAAAAGCACUGCAACAGCACACGGUUGC